CUCUUUCUCUCUCUUUCUUUUCUUAACUCCAUUCAUUAAUCACUUUCUUUUUCUUUUUCUUUUUCAUUUUUUUCUUUUCCAAAAAAGCAAACGAAGCUUUAUAAAAGCACUUCCCAAGGAACCGAAACAGAGUUAAGACCCGCACCGAAGAAAUCAAAGAAGAAGAAGAACCUCUUCGCUCUGACCGCUGAAAACUGAAAACCCAGCCAAAAUAAAACCCUCUUAAUUUGAUCAGAAUCGGGGGAAAAAAAAUACAGGUUUGACAUGGCGACAGGUAAAGGCCACAUUGCUAGGUCAAGCUACCGCUUCCUUCCUUCUUCCAUUGACAGGGACACUUUCACCGAUUCCGCCUUCGAGUUCGACGAGUCAGACCUUUACAGUAACUCCGCCCGAGCCAACUCGCCCGAGUUUCGCAAAACCGUUCGCGCAUCAUCCAGACUGUCCAGCAAGAGCAAGUCAUCGUCUGCGUCGUCGUACUCCGGUGGUCGACCGGCGUCGGUGCCGAUGAACGUGCCGGACUGGUCGAAGAUCCUUGGGCAAGAGUACAGGGAGAAUCGGAGGAGGGAGGUUGAGGAAGACGACGAUGCUGAGACCGACGACGGUUGCGAAGCUAGGGUUCCGCCGCAUGAGUUUCUGGCGAGGACGAGGAUGGCUUCGUUUUCGGUGCACGAAGGAAUCGGUAGAACUCUCAAAGGCCGUGAUCUCAGUAGGGUCCGAAACGCGAUUUGGGCCAAAACCGGGUUUGAGGACUAAACCCGAUCACGCCCCGAGUUGACUUCGAGAACAGGACCAUAUAAUUUGGUAAACGGUAAACCACCACUCGCGGAAAAUUUUCUUUUUUCUUCUUUCAAAUUUUUUGUUUCAUUUUUCUUUGACAGAAGUUCUACAAAUUGGCAGGUUUGUUAGCUUUUCCAUUUUUUACUUUUUUUUUUUGGGUUUUUAGAUGAUGAGUUUACAUGUAUGAGAGGAAAUGGAAAUGAGGUUCAAUUUGUUAAACGGAUAUCUGAUAUUUUAAUUUUCAAUUAAUUUUGCUUUAGGAGCUUUUGUUCUGA